UGAUAUAAUGUAGGGAAAACUUGGUGACGGUUGGUACUUGCUAGUCAUUAACCGUCAAUAACAACCCAAAGUUUCGAAUUUCAAACCAAAGAAAAAACCCUUUAAAUAUCACAUAAUUCCCCUAAAACUUUCAUUACAUUGUCAUCACGUCAGUUUUUUUGUUUUUUUUCUUCUCCGCCAUUCCCUUUGUGUCUGAAAACAAUAUGGAACACACUGAAGAAGGAAUUGGCAUCAAAGUCUACAAUGCAACACCAGAGGAAGGUCCUACACGAAUCUCCUCCCUCCCUCGGCUGCCACCAGAAGCCAACCGGAAGAGGAAAGCCGUGGCGAAAGGAGUACAAAAAACUAUAUCCAAAACUUCUAUGCUUGUGAACUUCCUUCCAACAGGCACCCUUUUAACUUUUGAAAUGGUCCUGCCUUCUGUUUCCCACAAUGGUGAUUGCUCCCCUGUUAACACCAUGAUGAUUUACUUCCUCCUAUGCCUUUGCGCAUUCUCUUGCUUCUUCUUCCAUUUCACUGAUAGUUUCCGGGAUCCUAACGGAAAACUUUACUAUGGUUUCGUGACCCCAAAGGGACUGGCUGUGUUCAAGCCUGGUCUCGACAUUGAAACCCCGAAAGAUGAUAAAUAUAAGGUUGGACUUACUGAUUUUGUGCAUGCCAUCAUGUCGGUCUUGGUGUUUGUGGCAAUUGCGUUUUCGGAUCAUAGAGUUACAAACUGUGUUUUCCCCGGGUAUGAGAAGGAAAUGGAUCAGGUUAUGGAGAGUUUUCCACUGAUGGUGGGGAUUAUUUGCAGUGGCUUGUUUCUUGUGUUUCCUACCACUAGAUUUGGCGUUGGUUGCAUGCCUGCUUGAAAUUUUUAGAAAAUCAUUGUUUUCAGUGUUGGUAUAGAUAUAUUAGUGUGAAAUGAAUUUGUAAGAAUAAAUUUCUUCAAGAAUUUAUGGCUUCUGCCUGCAGA